AUGACUGAUAUCACCAUACAGGACGGCGAGUUCGCAAGGCUGUCAGGCAAGGUCGUCAUCAUCACAGGUGGAUCUUCUGGCAUUGGUCUCGCUACCACGAACCUCUUGCUAGAUCUUGGGGCCAAGGUCAUCAUUGGAGAUCUGCAGCCGCCAGUGACCCCCAUUCACAACCCGUCAUUAACGUUCCAACGCACAGAUGUCACCUCGUGGUCUGAGCAACUGGCCCUCUUCAAGAAGGCCCGAGAGAUCCAUGGCAGGGUGGACCAUGUGUUUGCCAAUGCGGGCGUUGGGCCUCGCGCAGAUUACCUUUCAAAGACAGUUGAUGCCAACGGCGAUCUCGUCGAGCCUACUUUUGUCACUAUAGAUGUGAACCUCAAGGCUGUCAUCUACACUGCCACAAUUGCGGUGUACUACAUGCGGGAAGAACAGCAGACGCCCGCUGGCGGCAGCAUCGUCGUCGUGUCAUCAGUCGCUGGCAUAUCACGCUUCCGCGCGACAGAUUAUGCCACGGCCAAGCAUGGAAACCUGGGAUUUGCACGAGGUCUUCAUCAACGGCUGAACUUCCACGAGUUGCCCAUCCGCGUAAAUCUGAUUGCCCCCUCGUGGACCAAGACUGGCUUUAUGCCCUACCCUGUCAUGCAGAGCAUUGGGGUCGAGCCACAGGAACCGAUUGUCGUCGCCAAGAGCGCUGCAUUCCUCAUGGCUGAUGAGUCGCGAAAGGGGCAGAUGAUUCACAUCUCUAAAGGGCGAUAUCGCGAGGUCGAGGAGAGUAUUAUGCUGCCUGCCGCUGAGAAGGUGGUGGGCGUCGAGCACGGAGAAGUCAUGGAGGACGAUACCCUGGCCAAGAUCAUUGAGGCCAUGGGUGUCUUCAAAAAGGGAGCGGUGGCUUCCUGAGGUGGCAAAACCA